GUUCACAGAUUUCACGUGACUCAGCCAUGGCUACCAGCGCAGCUCUGCUCCUCGCAUCCGCGGCCGUCCUCUUGGGUUCGGUAGCAGCGCAGUUUAAGUGCCCCGAGCCGUCCGGCUACUUCCCGGACCCUGUGCAGUGCGACCUGUACUACAAGUGCGUCAGCAACAGACCCGAGGAGCUGCUCUGCCCAGACGGACUGGUCUUCGACGACAGCAAUCCUAACCAGGCACGCUGCGACAACCCCAACAACGUCGACUGCGGCGACCGAACUGAGCUGCAGGAGCCGAAGCCGUCAGAGGGCUGCCCGCGCGCCAACGGCUACUUCCGUCACCCCGACGCGCAGGUGUGCGACAAGUUCGUCAACUGCGUCGACGGGACGCCCAACGAGCUGCCCUGCCCGCCUGGACUCAUCUACGACGACAGCCGCAACACUUGCGCCUGGCCCGCCGAGAGCCAAAGACACGACUGCACCAACAGCAAGAAGGACAAGCUGGACGACGGCUUCUCUUGCCCUGACGGCGAGGUGAUAGGCCCGAACGGGCGCGUGCUGCCGCACCCGACGUUCCCGCACCCGGAUGACUGCCAGAAGUUCUACAUCUGCCGCAACGGCCGCAUGCCCCAGCGCGGCAACUGCCCCACCGGCACCGUCUACAACGAGGUCACCUUCAAGUGCGACGAGCCCGAGAACGUGCCCGGAUGUGAGAAGUGGUACGCUGAUGAGGGCAAGAGGUCGCGGAAAUAAGCUGCUGUCAGAGCAGAUGGCGUGAGUGGUUAUUCUGGCGUUGACACGUCAGAGUUUGUAUGUUAGGUACUGUAUGUGUGUGGUAAAUGUUAUAGGGAAAGGAAUCAUCACCACAGCACAACUGAAACAUCCUACCAAAUACUUUACAUCGUUGCCAAUGACUGCAAGUGGAAUCAAGUACAAGUAAAGCCCAUAUACAUUUCUUCUUCUACAUUACUCACGCUACUGAAUAUUGGCAACAGACAUCACAUUCUGACAAUUCAUUGUGCUGUCAUUGUUCUGGAGCAGUGAAUCUUGCUGACGUUCCUGUAACCGACCAAAUAAUUUCGAAAAGCACAACAAUUUACUAAACCUGCGGUUGUUGUUGCUCAGUUCACUGAAAGUGAAAAUAUUUUAAAAUUAAUUAUUCACAGGGAUCCUUCGCGUCGAUAUUCUGUCAUUCUACAUGUAAUCUGAAUCCAGAACAUUCCCUUUACCCUUAACAUCUCAUUUUUGUCACCGUAAAGUCAUGUUGGAUUCCAUUAUGUUUUUCAGUGUAUUGUAAAACAUAAAUAAAUCGUUAAUACGUAAAA